CAAUCUCUUACACAUUUUCUAAUUUUGAUUUUUGGUAAAGAUAUAAAAAAUUUUCAACUUUUCAGUUGCUAACAAGGGUUUGGAAUUAGCUUUAGCCUUUAAUUCUUCUGCUUUUGGCUCUUUCAUCGAUCUGGAGAAAUCAGCCGAUUCAUCACCGUACCCCUUUAUUAGGAAAAGCGUUCACAGUUUCACAGUGAACUGGUGUUUUCAUCAGGAUGGAACAGAUAUCGAAUUCCAAGUGCUUCGGUGGAUUUCAGAAAGUCUUCAAACAUCCGAGCUCGGAGACGAAAUGCAGCAUGACAUUCUCCAUCUACAUUCCCCCGCAAUCCAGCCCGGAUGAGAAGUUCCCCGUACUGUACUGGUUGUCGGGGCUGACCUGUACCGAGCAGAAUUUCAUCACGAAAUCCGGAGUGCAGCGGUACGCUGCUGAAGCUAAAGUCGUCAUUGUCGGCCCGGAUACCAGUCCUCGCGGCUGCAAUAUCGAGGGCGAAGAUGAUUCAUGGGAUUUCGGUACGGGUGCGGGAUUUUAUGUGGAUGCCACGGAGGAUAAAUGGAAAAAUAAUUAUCGCAUGUAUUCCUACAUUACGAAAGAACUGCCACAACUGAUCACCCAGCAUUUCCCGGUGGACGCAUCCCGCCAGUCCAUCUUCGGGCACAGCAUGGGCGGACACGGCGCCCUCAUCGCCUUUUUAAAGAACCCCGGCCAGUACCGCUCCGUCUCGGCAUUCGCGCCCAUCGCCAACGCGUCCCGGUCGAAAUUCGGGAUCAAAUGCUUCGACGGCUAUUUGGGCCGGGAUGAAGCGGCCUGGCGGGCGUACGACGCGACGGAAGUGGUGAAAAACUACAAAGGCGACAAAGUGGAGAUCCUGAUUGAUCAGGGAAAGGCCGACGAUUUCUUCCAGGAUUUAAUGGGCGACCGCUUCGCGGAGGCGGCGCGGGGCGCCGGCUUGGCGGUGCAGUAUCGCGAGCACGAGGGAUACGAUCAUGGAUAUUAUUUCAUCUCCACGUUCAUCGGGGAGCACAUCCAGCAUCAUAUGAAGUACUUGCGGAAUUAAUUGGAUUUUAUUUAAUUUUUCGCGUCUUGUGUGAGAAUGAGGUUUUUUGAAUGCUCAUAACAUUUUUUUUUGCUCGAUUUAUAUUUUUAAAAUUAUGUUGGUUUUGGGCAGGUUCGGUUUGUUAGUUAUUUUUAAAUUUGAUUGAUUGUUCGGGUUUUUUGGUUUGGUUUUAGAAUUUUUUUUUGUUGAACUUGGUGGGUGGAUGUUUUUGCGCUUUCCAGGUUUUGUGCGCUUUCCAGGUUUUGUGGUUGCAAUACGAACGGAAGUUGCUUUAAAAAAAAUUAAAAAUGCCGAUCAUGU